ACACCACUUUCAAAUUUAUCAACAUUUAUUUAGUUCUUGAAGUAAUCAUAUUCAUUUCUCUAGUGCUACUUCCAAGUUUCUCUCACUCUAUCACUUUAUUCUACGACCACCCAUCUUUGUUUCUUUAUCCUCUUGUCCCAUUUCCAACAUAUGCUAUUUCUUAGCUCCAUUUAUCAAUCUUGACUCCGUCAUAUUCAUGUUAAUAAUCAGAUUGGCUCCAUUAUAUUCAGAAUUUUCUGAUAAUUCUCCACUUUUCAUUUUGCAUGAUUAUCUUCAUGACUGUAGCAUCAUUUACAGACAUAUAUUUUCUUUGGUCAUUUAGCAUAUAAUUUACAUAAAAUGAUAUACAAAAUUAGAGCUAGUGUGUGUGUGUGUGUGUGUGUGUGUGUGUGUGUGUGUGUGUGUGUGCAGUUGAUAAAGACAUGCUGUUGCUACAAUGAGACAGAUCAUUUGUUGUGGGGGCUGUUGAACCACACUUAACAAGCUGAGGGAAGUGUAAAAUAUGUGGUCAUUUAUAUAUUUUGGUUGUGUGCAAGUACUGUGAGACAAGUCAUAAAGGUUCACAUGACUGCUGUACUGACAGGUGUGACCCUUUUAUUCAGUGUGGAGCCUGCAGGGGCUGACAGAUGAUAUGGAGUGUUUAAGUCACUAUAACAGCAGUUUUGUUUUGUAUCUGAUGAAAUUUUUAAGGAUGCUAAUGAAGGUCAGUAUUGACUUUUUUUUAAGGAGGCAAGAUAAAAGAUAUUUUGUAGCUUUAUUCAUCCAUAUACAGUAUGUACAGUAUUAGUAACAAGGGGAACCCACCAACCUCCUUGUAAUCUCCUAAAUUUCAUUUUCAUCUUCCUUUUUCCAUUCUCCCUUUAUUGCAUAUUUUCAGAAGUUCUUAUAUCCUUACCCACUGUCUUUUUUCUCUUCACCUCCCCUUCCCUUCUGUUCCAUUCCCUGGUGAUGGCACAGAAUUAUCAACAACAAGCUUUUGACGGCUGAGGAUGAAGCCCGAAUCAACCAGGUACAGGCCAGGUCAUUAGCAGCAGGCAUGGCCGCCGUGCCCCGCCAAGCCCGGGUGUUGAACCUGAGACCAAGCCAGAGUGAGGGCAGUGUCAUUCCUCCUGUCCACUACCCCAACUUCUACUCCCAAUACUACCACAGCAAUGAGCGGUCUGGUGUGGUGGCUGAGGAUUCUUUUGAAGAGGACAAUGCUUCUGCUUCAUCUGAGCAGGUCAGAAGGUGGAUACCAGCAGUACUAGUAGCAGACUGGUGUUACCUUGAUGCUACUGCUACAUUGCAUUAUUUGCAUAGUUUUUUCAGUUGUCAUGGACUUUGUGUAAUAUGUAUAAAAGUAUAUGAAGCUCAAGAAACUUGUUGA